AACAACAGACAAGCAACAUACUUUAUUUCCGGUUUAAUGGGCCUCUAAUCACGUCAUAACCGAAUAAUCACCACAUAAAAAACAGUUUUCGCCUUUCUUUGUCUUCUUCUGAAUCGACUGUCAGGAUAGUGUAACACAGAAAUUAUGCAAAUCCCAGAAUAGGGUUUGUAAUCUGAAAAUAGUAAAAAGGGAAGCUCUGCAUACUCAGGUGCAGCUCAAGUAAACAUAGGAAAUAUAGUUCACAAUUGUCCAAACAAGAGCUGAAACAAUUCGUCAAUUUCUCCAUUAGCUCAACAACUGAUAACAAAUCUAAAUCCUUUUAUUUAUUUGUUUACAUGGUCAAUUUAGAACCAAACCCCCCCCCCCCCCUAUCCUGGUUUCCAUCAUUAUUUAUUAUUCUCCCUGAGUUUUAAUUUCCCUUUUUUAUUUGUUAUAACUCAUAAACCAUCCUCAUUACAAAACAUACAAACCCUAAUCUAACAUGACAUGUCACAAAGACCAGCAACUAAACUGUCCUCAAAAAACCAGACAAGUGAAAAUUAGACAUCAGUCACAGUGUUAACAUCGAGCUGAAGGUUGAUACAGUAUGUUCCUUUCAUCUUCAAAUUCUUAGUAAUUUCUCUGCCUUCCCAGUACAAUGUUCUCCAGUUACCAACUGUCCCUGGAGUCUCUGCGCUCCUAGAAAAUAUGCCUUUUCAUAUUAUAUACUUUAGGACAACGUUCAGUUUGAAAUGCUUUGUAUAUAACAUUCAAACAUGUAAAUCUUCCUUUAUGAGGAAGGUAGUUUCUCUAAAUAUUGGUUAUGGUUAUUUUCACGUUUGUCAGAUUCAGUUAAUGUGCUUUGUUUGACUGCUGAAUAUUGCAUGGUGCCAGUUUAGCAAACAAGAUCAUCCUGUUACAUAAUAAAUAAUAAAGUAAAUCAAGAUAAAGGUUCACGAAAAAUAACUGCACUGUUCUUUUCCCCCCCUGAACUUAAAAAAAAACAUAAUGUUCAAACGCAUCCAGCGGGGUAAAUAAGUCCACAAUUCUUCCUAGGGGAAAAGCACAUUUCAGGAUUUCUUGGAAAAUGUGGAGAUUUAGAAAUUAUGGAGCAGCAUGCUUUGGUUAUGAUACAGACAUGUUUGAUAUGUUUGUGUGAGUGAUGGUUCAGACUUUUGAGUAAAUAUUUAAAACACUUAAACAACUAAAUGGUGAAAAACCAGCUGCCCAGCAGGCCUUAUUUGGCCUGAAUCUAGUCAUUCAGAGUAAAAAAAAAAGUUGAACUGACGUGGAUUUCCUAGAAAGAUUCCCUAGAAAAUAAACGCAGGAGGGAUUAAUAAACAGAAAUAUUACAUUCUCAACCUGAGGCACGGCUUUUGGAUAACAAAUCAAGCGUAAUGCAACACAAAAGACAGGAUUAGAGGGUGGAAAAUACCUUGGCAACAUCACAUUUGUCUCUGCCUGACAGUAGUGUUAACUCGUUUUAUAGUGUAUUGUCACAAUAACAACUUCCUUUGUCGAGCGUAAUUACUCCGGCAAACCUCCGAGAAAACCUCUCGCAGUGUUUUUCCACCAUGGAUCGGGAGAAAUCUAUAUUACUGGAAACAGGCUGUGUGUGCAUUCCUAUUAUCUUUAAUGUCGAGGCGGUGAAUUCCCAGAAAGAGAGCUCUGUCAGGGAGGCCCGGCGGGGCGGAGUCAAGCCCUGCAAUUAUUCCUGGAAAGCGAAUAGGGGGAAGCUGCCGCGCGAUUCCUGGGAGCGAGCGCUCUCUUCAGCCUGUGGCCCAAACACGGGGGAGAGAUGAGUCUCAAAACCAGACACGGGGAAAUGACCGGGCUCACCGCGGUGUUAUCCUGAGAAUCAGCCGAAAGAAAAACAAACAUUUUUUCAUCAGCAAAAGCGCUGCUAAAAACCGGAGCUGUUAGAGCAAGACAACCAGAGGCGAAAUGGGAGUUGGUGCGGCGGCUGUGACGUCAGAGCCGCCGGUGCUGUUCUCAGAAUAGUCUUCUAGGAAACGGUAAUUUUUAAAAGCCCAGCCUUUACACUCUGUCCUUCACACAUUUGGAUCCCAUUCUGGUGACAACACACUCCAAACCGCUGCUACGGAGAUUUCUAUGUUUUAAACGUGUUGUUUUCAUGUUUCUCGUCCAGUGUUGUUCUUAUUACAACUACAGGACCAGAACAUUACUGACUGGGUACACCGAGCUCUUUUAUCACCGAUUUGAACGCUUUUUGUUUUGUUUUGUGGAAGUGCUUUUUCCUUUCUUCGGACGGAGAUCAUUGUCUUUAUGUUUCGUUAUUUUCUGCGGAAGAAACACUGACCGGAUCUUAAUCUGCCGAGGAUUUAAGGAAUAGCAUGAUUCUUUGUGUACCAGCUCCGAGAGCACCUCUGACUGCUGCUCCGUCCACUGAUACCCCGAGGGGGAUGCGGGCAGGAACAGCACCUACCCCUUGCCUUCAAAGCACCCCCCCACUAUGGGACCCAACAAAGGACCUGCGGGCGAUUGCCAGCAACUUCUGCUAUCUAGAAAACUCAGGAUGGUACUGGGGAGCUGUAACUGCAGCUCAGGCCCACGCUGCGCUUCAAGAGGCAUCUGAAGGAGCUUUUUUGAUACGAGACAGCAGUCACCCUCUGUACAUGCUGACCCUCUCCGUCAGGACGGCACGAGGUCCCACCAGUAUUCGGAUCCAGUACAGCGGGGCACAGUUUUUGCUCGACUCCAGUUCCCCAGCCAGGCCAAGCCUGUCGUCCUUCCCCAACGUGCCCAGCCUGGUGCAGCACUACAUGGGGCCAGGGAGGAAAGCAGAAGAGGGCAAGGUGUGGGAGGAGGCCCCUUCAAAACCCUGUCAGCAGACAAUUCAGGAGACAUCUGUGGUUUUAAAACUGAAGCGGCCCGUGUACAAGCCGCAGGGCCUCCCCUCCUUACAGCACCUCACUCGCCUGGUUAUAAACAGACACUCUGACCGGCCCGAGCAGCUCCCACUCCCCAGGCCUCUGCUGCGUUACAUUCAGGACUAUCCCUUCAAAGUAUAACGGGUGCCUCAUGAUGUUGUUACAUUUAAGGACAAAUAAACUGUCAAACAGGUCUCUGGUGCCUGAAAAUGACACCGCUGCUCCAGCAGUUGGAGGCCAGUCACGAAACUACUGGACACAGGGUGAUAUUUUUUGCUGAAAAAUGUGUAUAAAUUCAGUUUAUACUGACGUGCCUGGUGCCACACUUGAUUGGUCGAGGAUUGGGUGAUGAAGUACGAAGACUUGUGCGCAAAGAUGUACUGUAAUCACAUAUUUUGUGAUUGAUGUGGGAAUUGUCCAUGUCCAUUUGACCCUCAUCAGUUCUGGAUGUACGUACUGUUUCCAAUAACUACACUGAUUCCAUUAAGACAUCUUCUAUGCCGUUUUAUUUUUCUCAGUAAAACAUUUUUUCUACCUUUUACAUGUGUACAUUUUUCUAUUAAAAUAAUGAACUUA